GGUGAUUAGAUCUAGUUGGAAGCCACUGACGCUGGAGUUUAAGUCACUCAUAUCAUAAUAACGAGCACCGAAGCUCGGCAAGAUGGCGAUACUUGUGAGAAACAAAAUUUCUCUGUGGUUCAUCUUUGCUAUCGUCAUCAUAUGUCGAGCUGAAGAUGUGCUCUGGAGCAGAAGGCUGCCCAAUGAUAUUUAUGAAAACCUAAGCUCAGAAGGUGAUGAUCUUACUUUUGAUAGCCGUGAGCUUCAACACCUCCGGUCUGAUACUAAUUCUGAUAAAAUUGAAGCAGGUAUUGCAAGAAGCUUUGAAGAUGGCAUCGGUAUUGAUAUUGAUACUGAUGUCGAAAGUAUUGUUGGUGGACAUUCAGUACCAAGUACAAAUGAUCGCGGUAGUUUUAGUGAAACUAUGUCUAGUGCUUAUGGAGGCACUACUGUUAUUACUCACGAAAUUAAUGGGGGGAUUACUAACUCUCAAAUUGGUGCCACUUUCGUUGGGCAGGGAGCAAAUGGGGUCACUGCUUCAAAUUAUUUAAAUGGUGGUACUAUUUACUGGGUGCAAAGUAAUGGGGCAACUACUGGCAAUGGGUAUAGUGUAACUGUUCUUGAUCAGGGACGAAUCAUUGUGGAUACUUCAAAAAAUACUCAAUUCGGUACCACUUUGUUUUGGCUAGGAGCUGAUGGAAUUAUUGUGCCAAUUUAUUUUAUUGGUGGUAAUGGUCAAGGAGUAAAUGGUGCUAGUUUAGCAAACAUCUUUGGUGGCAGAAUUGUUGUUAAGCCAGGAGGAAUCAUUGUGGAUGGUUCUAAAAAUGUUCAAAGUGGUAGCACUUUCUUUUGGCAGGGAGUUGAGGCAAGCGCAUCUUCAAAUGCUUAUGUCGAUGGCAUUACUGUUGGGCAGAUAGGUAAUGGGGGUACAUCUAAUGCUGAGGAUGGCCAUUUUAUUGUUAUACAGGGAGCUAAUGUUGGGCAGGGUGGUAGUGGCGGUACUUCUUCAAAUAAUAAUGGUGGUAACACUAUAAUUUGGCAGGGUGGCAAUGGGGGUAAUCCUAUCGGUAAUAACGGUGGUAUUAUUUUUGGGCAGGGAGGAUCUGGGAGUAUUUCUACAGAUAUUAACGGUGGUGACACUAGUGUUGGGCGGGGUAGUAAUGGGGGUAAUUCUAAUGCUAAUAAUGGCGGUUUUAUCAAUGGGCAGGGAGGUAGUGGUGGUACUUCUUCAAAUAAUAACGCUGGUGGUACUAUUAUUUGGCAGGGUGGUAAUGCGGGUAAUUCCAACGCUUAUCAAGGUCAUGUUAUUUAUGGGCAGGGAGGUUCUGGGAGUAUUUACGGUGGUGGCACUUUUAUUGCGGAGGGUAGCAAUGGAGGUAAUCAAGGUAGUAUUAUUUAUGGGCAUGGAGGUUCUGGAAGCAUUUCAACAAAUAAUAACGGUGGUGGCACUAUUAUUGGCCAGGAUGUUAAUUCCAACGGUAAUAAUGGUGGUUUUAUUUAUGGGCAGGGAAGUUUUCAGAGUAUUUCUACAAAUAUUAACAGUGGUACGGUUAUUGGGCAGGAGGUUAAUGGGGGUAAUUCUAACGGUAAUAACGGUCACAUUAUUGUUGAGCAGGGACCUAGUGGGGGUACUUCUUUAAAUGGCGGUGGUGGAACUAUUGUUGUACAUAUAGAUGACGGUAAUGAUGGUAUUGUUGCUGGGCAAGGAGGUACUGGGGGUGCAGCGGCUAUUAUAUAUAAUGGCGGUACUUAUCCGUUUGGUUAUAAUAGUGGUAAUUUUUUUUGGCAUGGAGUACAUGGGAGCAGCUAUCAAAACGGUUAUAAUGAAGCCUCUAUGUUUGCAAAUUCUGUUCCUUACCCAGUUGUGAAUGGUGGGGGCGCCGUCAUAGUGACAGGUGGAAUACCUGGUAGUUAUAACAUUCUAGAUGAUAGUGGUGUGAUGGGUGCUUAUGGUGGGGCUGGUCUUCAGUCAGAGGGAGCUGAGGCAGUGGGGACCAUUGGUGGCGCAGCUGGAAUAUAUGGUGGGAUAUCAGGCAAUGUUGACGCUGGGGGAUAUAUUAGUGGUUCAGCUGGUGGAAGUAUCGGGAUAUAUUAGUGGGGAAAGUGUUGUAGUACCACCUAUUAAUUGUGCCAGCUACUUGUAUGGCAAAAAGUAAAAUAAUAUUGUAUGUUUUGAUAAUUGAAAUAUUUUUUAAAUAACAUAUUAGGACUAUGUAAAAGAGAAUUAAAUCUGAAGUAUGUUAUUUUGUAACUGAAAACUCGUUUUCUUACCUAAGGUUACACCAAUAUUAAGGAAUUGUAUUUUAAUGUAAUGUGUGUUUAAGCUGUUUUUCUUUUUUAUUCAAAUAUAUUUAUUUUUCUGUACUAAAGUAGUUUUUUUUAGUCUUACGAGGAAUAUGUUCCUUAAUAACGUGAUAACUUUGUAGUAAAUUAUGUAGCUUUCUGAUGUUUGAAUUUUAGUGCAAUGUCUUUUACUUUACCAAUAACUGUUACUCAACAAUUUGUUAA